AGGCCCGGAGAACCCAGACACUGUCGGGGAAACUGAAGGAGGGGGAGGAGAGCAGAGCAGGGCCAGAAGGAGGGAUCUGUACUCCUGGUUAAUGACAUCUCUCUUCUGCACUAUCCAGACGAACCUCCACAUUGAAACCUGAAACUGCAGAGGUUGCACGGUUCCCCAAUCAGUCACAUGCCCUCUGCACUCCCACUAACUUUGCUUCUCACAAACAGGUUUCCGUCACCCUUCCAGCACAGGGGAUUUCAGCAGAGAAACUUCUUCCACACUGAAUGAUCCUGACAGGAAACCAUGCAGCCAAAAGCCCUGCAUCCCAUCAGCCUGUGCUUGGUGUUUUGCAUCUGCAGAAGCCUGGCCACACACCUGCCUCUUUACAGUCCUCUAGAGGGAAGUACAGAUGAGGAAGAGCUUCACGUCAAGUCCUCUGUAAUUCCCAGAGUCCGCCCGACAGAGUACCGAACCACUCCACCAGAACCGUCACAAGAACAAAGCAGCUCCUCAGCAGACUUCGCAAACUUCCUGGAGGAGAACAUGCUCCCCAUCCUCGUUUUGACCACGCUUGUUUUUCUUACCUUCCUCAUCACCUGUGCUGCGUUUUUCAUGAGCCGGAGGCUUAAAGUUAACUCCUACCACCCUUGCUCCUUCCCCUCGAAAAUGUACGUGGACCACCAGGACAAGACCGGAGGCGCCAAGCCUUUCAACGAAGUCCGAGGCAAAGCCGUUCCUGAGCUGGAAAUGGAGUCGGUGGACUCUAACAAGCAGCUCCAGGCCGACAUCUUGAGAGCUGCAAGCAGCCUACGCACGCCACAUAAAAGCGCUCAGGCCGCAGAGAGAAGCGAGGCCAGUCAGAGCGCAGCGGACCACAGUCCUGCGGACGGCUUUGACCCAGAUUGUAGCAUCCUGGACCAGCAGCUACCAACUCUGCUUGAGGAGGAGCAGUGUGAGGUUCCUGACAGCAGAGAAGCUGAGGCGGCAGGUUCUGAGCCGGAGCAUCCAGAGCAACCGGCCCCCGGAGACGAGGAUUCAGAGGAGCCUCCGACCGGAAGGAGCCUCCGGCCCCCGUCCCUGCACAUUCACAAUGAAACUGCUACACUGCAGCUGAUCGCAGGAGAGAAAACUGCCUUCUGAUCGCCGUCGCCUCAAAGUUCAAUGAAACAAGAACUUACACACGUUCAGAUGACAUCAAAAUUGUACCAUUUUGUGAAUAGAACUUUUAAGAAAAGCGUUCUGGGAGAGCCUAAAUGUUUUGCAAACUAGAGUAUUAAGAGGUUUUAGGAAAAUACUAAAACUGUGGCUAUAUUGUCAUCACACAUGGGAUCUGCAGUGCCUUCAUGACUUUUCCACAUGUUUUCAUGUUUCAACGUCAACCUACUUGAGAUUUAAUUGACAGAUCACCAAGUAGUGCAUUAAUCUUGAUUUUUUUUCUUCUUUUUUACCAAUAAAAAUGAGAAAUAUCUGGUUUGCCUUUGUGUUCAACCCCCCUUUACC